AUGGCUCCUCAUCCGUUGGAUAUCCUGUCUGUCAACGAGACCAACCAGGCUCGGGAUAUCGUGGCAAGCCUUCAUCAAGAUACGGUCCUUAGCUUUCGAGAAAUAUAUCUAGAAGAGCCUCCCAAAAGCCAAGUAAUCGAAUUUCUGGCCGCCGAGCAUGCCGGAACGAGUGUCCCACCUCCAGCUCGCACAGCUCUUGUGCAAUAUGAUGUGAUCGGUUCUGAUCGGAUACCUCACUACAAUGAGGCAAUCGUGGAUUUGGAUCAAGGUAAAAGAAUCAAGCAUGUUGUUGUCGACAGCAAGACCCACCAUGCUGGCCUGACGCUAAACGAGUUUGAUGAUCUUGUUGAGGCUUGCAAGACUUCUCAACUAUUCAAAGACGUAUGCGCAGAAUUUGAGCUGCCGGAAGGUUUUGAAGUCAUCGUCGAGCCCUGGCCUUACGGAGGCCCAAAACCAGAGGAGGACAACCCGCGUUACUUCCAGGGACUUUGCUUCGCCAGGGACACACGAUCUGGGAACCCGGAUUCUAAUUUCUACGCCUAUCCCCUCCCAUUUAUCCCAGUCCUAGAUGCAGCAAAACAAGAGAUUGUUCGCGUCGAUCGUUUGGCGACCGGUGGGAAAGGUGACGCUCUAGAUGCAAAAACCCACUCGAAGAAUAUUAUUGGGCAUUGCAAGACUUCAGAGUAUGUUCCAGAGCUAUUGAAGAAUGGAACAAGAAAGACCCUCAAGCCUCUCAAUGUGUUGCAACCAGAAGGCCCAUCGUUCUCGGUUGAUGGUGGACUUAUCGAAUGGCAAAACUGGAGGUUCCGAGUCGGAUUCAACCCAAGAGAAGGAGCUACCGUUCAUGAUGUCCAUUUCGAUGGAAGAAGUGUCCUCUACAGACUUAGUGUCAGCGAAAUGACUGUCCCUUAUGCGGAUCCUCGUGGACCGUUUCCUAGAAAACAGGCUUUCGACUUUGGCGAUGGUGGUGCUGGAAACUGUGCAAACUCUUUACAUCUUGGCUGUGACUGUCUCGGGGUGAUAAACUAUUUUGAUGCUGUACGCACUGGCCCAGAUGGGACAGCCCAACCCGCCAAGAAUGUGGUCUGCCUCCAUGAGCAGGACAAUGGCAUUGCAUGGAAGCACACCAAUUGGAGAACUGGUCGUGCUGUUGUGACUAGAAACCGAGAACUGGUCGUUCAGUUUAUCAUUACUCUGGCCAACUAUGAGUACAUCUUCGCGUAUAAGUUUGACCAGUCAGGUGGAAUAACGAUUGAAACCCGAGCCACUGGUAUUGUGUCUGUUGUCAAUAUCGACGCUGGAAAGACGAGUGCCUAUGGCAACGUUGUGUCCCCAGGAGCUUUGGCACAGAACCAUCAACACGUCUUCUGUGUCCGCAUCGAUCCGGCUAUUGAUGGCUACAAGAACACUGUGCUCGCAGAGGAGUCUCACAGGGCACCCAUCAGUAAGGAGGAAAAUCCAUACGGUAACUACUAUGAAGUGAGGCAGAACGUCAUCGAGACGAGUCAACAUCUCGACGCUGCUCCUCAACAUAAUCGUGUUAUCAAGAUGAUCAACAAAAGCAAGCUCAAUCCAAUCAGUGGUAAGCCGGUUGGCUACAAAUUUACGCCCCCCGCAACCCAGCUUCUUCUUGCGGAUCCGACGUCUAUCCAAUCCAGAAGAGCACUUUUUGCACAGCAUCACGUUUGGGUCACAAAGCACCUUGACGGUGAAUACUAUGCUGGAGGUCGAUAUACUCUUCAGAGUCGAGAUGAAGUUGGCGGCGUUGCGGACGCAGUGAAGCGAAACGAAAAUGUCAAUGACGAAGAUGUUGUUGUAUGGAGCGUUUUUGGCCUGACCCAUAAUCCCAGAGUGGAAGACUGGCCGGUUAUGCCAGUUGAGAUCCAUCAAAUCAAUCUUCGACCAGCGGAUUUCUUCUCGGAAAACCCAAGCAUCGACGUCCCGUCGUCGAAAAAUAAUGCAUCUGUUCUGACCAAUGGCGCUACAAAUGCCGCAACCAAUGGCACGGGCGGGAGAGCGGAUUGCUGUAGCAAAUCUCGACUUUGA